AAAAAGCUGGACACAUGGAUCAUGGAGAACCUGCAGCCCAGCUCGGCUUUCUGCAAGCAGGUGAAGCAUACAGUGAAGCAAAUCUGUGAAUUCCUGAAGAAGGACUGCUUUGAGACCAACAUCCACAUCCACAAGACUGUCGAGGGCGGCUCAGCAGGCAAAGGCACAGCCCUGCAGAACAACUCUGAUGCUGAUGUGGUGCUCUUCCUCAGCUGCUUCUCCAGCUACGAGCAGCAGAAGCAGGAGAGAGUGUAUAUCCUGAGUUUGAUCAAAGAGAGGCUGCACGCCUGCAGGCAGAGCCUGAAGUUCACCGUGAACGUCAGCGAGCCCUGGUAAAAGGGGCCCAGCAACAUGCCACGCUCACUCAGCACCCCUCUCCGCUCUGCAUCCAUCGAGGUGGACAUCCUGCCUGCCUACGAUGCUCUGGGGCAGGUGAGCUGGGACACCUCGCUGAACGCAGAGAUGUUUGUGGGGGUGUAUGUGGGGCUUCUGAAUGCCAGCAGUCACCCCGGGGAGUUCUCCCCCUGCUUCACCGAGCUGCAGAAGAAGUUUGUGAGGCGUUAUCCCACCAAGCUGAAGAACCUCCUGCGCCUGGUCAAGCACUGGUACAAAGAGCUGCUGAAGCCACAGUACCCUGCUGCGGACCUGCCCCCUAAAUGUGCCCUGGAGCUGCUGACCAUCUAUGCCUGGGAGGAGGGCACAGGCUCCUGUGACUCCUUCAUCAUGGCCGAGGGCUUCCGUACGGUGCUGGAACUGCUGCACCGGCACCAGGAGAUCUGCAUCUACUGGGAGACGUUCUAUUCACUCCAGCACAGCCGGAUUGGUGCCCAUGUCAAAAGGCUGCUGCGCAGUCCCCGACCCAUCAUCUUGGAUCCUGCUGACCCCACGGCGAUCCUGGGCCAAGGCAAGGAUUGGAACCUGGUGGCUCAGGAAGCUGCCCGCCACCUCUUGCUACCCUGCGUCAGUACAGCCCAGCCCUGGGAUGUGCAGCCGGCCCGGCCUGUAACAGUUGAGAUCAGGCAGCUGGUGGGCACCAGCCUGAGCAAGACUGUCAGCCCAAGCAUCAGCAUCUGGCAGCUAAAGAAGGAGAUAGAGCACGUGUGGGGCAUCCCCUGUAACAGGCAGCGUCUGGAGCAGCAGGAGACAGAUGGGAGCACCCUCGUCCUGCAGGACAGCGAGACCCUGGCCACCCACGGCAUCUUCUACAGCACCACGCUGAUGCUGUUGCAGACCAAGCCGCAGGCCAUGGAGGUGUUUGUGAAGGAUGUCAGAAACCGGACCACCACCUACAGGGUGCAGCCCACUGCCACCAUCCGUCAGCUGAAGGAGCAGAUCUACAACCAGCAGGGCCCACCUGCCGACCAGCAGCGCCUGACAUACGGCUCCAGGGAGCUGGAGGACUGGCACACGCUGGCACACUACAAUGUCCAGCCCAGGAGCAUCAUUUUCAUGCUCCUGCGGCUCCGGGGGGGCACAGGCCUGCAGCACCCCCAGUUCCCUACCUACUCACCCUCUUGA